CUCCUGUUUACUGAACUCAAAGGAACGCAACCAAUUUAUUGCCACAUGCUUACUCUAUUAAAAGCAACAGAGAAAGAAAGGGGCAACUGUUAAGAAAAGCCAAAAGCACCCACUUCUAUCCGUAAUUGACGGCUGCAAGGGAGGAAAUGCAGCAACCCAUUCCUUUUUCUUUACUAACAAUAGCACUUUUUUUUUCUUUUCCUAUCUUUUCUUGGCUGCAUUUUAAGUUAUUCUACUUCUUUAUUCCUAUGCCUUUAAAUAAAAGCGAUAACAACCAGCCAGUGCUUAUUAUCGGUGCGGGUAUAUCCGGACUUACACUGGCUAAUGUGCUGAAAUACCGUGGCGUACCUUACAAAAUAUUUGAAAGGGACGCAUCUGCUUUUGCAAGAUUUCAAGGGUGGGCAAUUACAUUAAACUUCUCUCUUCCCAUGUUGAAAGCGGCAAUCGCCCCUGCAAAGUAUGCAACACUUGGAGCCAAGGCAGCAGUUAAUCCAAAUGAUCGAGCUUCGUUUGCCGUGGUGGAUGGCAUUGAGAGCAGAUGUUUGGGCCUGAUGAGCGCGCCGCCGAAUACCGAUUUGUUUCGCCUUAACCGUGGGCGUUUCCGUACGUGGUUAUUGGAGGACGUUAUGGAUGAUGUUAUAUGGGGCAAGACAUUUGAUCACUACACCAAUGUAGCAGUUGAUGGUGAUGGUGAUGGCAUCAAGAGCAGCAGCAGCAGCAGUAGCAGUAGUAGUAGUGAUAGUAGUUGUAGCGGCAUCAAGGUGAUCUUUACGGACGGAACGGUAGAAUAUGGCAAGAUACUCGUAGGCGCAGACGGGGUCCAUUCACAUGUAUGUCGUCAGCUCAUUGGUCCCGAGGCAUUCGAACAAACUACCACAACAAAUGCGCUACGCAAUCUGGCUGCAAGCUACUGGAUCAACGACGAGUUGCGUCGCGAAAUCGAAAAACUCGGCCCAUGCAUGAUGAUCGCUCCUGCAAGUAAGAGUGAUGACUCCAACAAGCACUCGACCUGUAUCAUUGCUUCGUUACUGGAUGUUGACCAUACACAGAAAAAUCCCUAUGAAAUGAUGUGGUCUGUAACUUGGCCAGAGAAAGAUGCUGGUAUUCACCUUGCAGCUGUCGAAGAAGGAAAAAAAGUAUUACAUCCGUCAUCUUGGCUAUCAGCAUCGGUCAAAAGCUAUUGUGCAACAGACAAGCUCCAGCGGGCCAAGGCAAAAGUGGUCGAGGCUGGGUUCACGGGACCAUUAAGGCAGUUAGUAAUGGAAACGCCAGUUAACACUAAUGUACGUUCCCUGUAUAUCAAAGAGCGAGCACCGCAUCCGAAUCUCGAGGCGAUCUGCAACCAGAAACAACAUCAGCGUACAGUGCUUAUAGGCGAUGCUGCACACCCAAUGACAAAUCACGGAGGCCAAGCUGGAAAUCACGCUAUAGUAGAUGCGUGUUUACUCGGUUUAGAACUUGCCAACGCGUACAAAGAUGAAAGUGCUGUAGAAGACACAGUGAACGCGUAUUACAAGGAUAUGCUACCUAGAGCUCGAGAAGCAGUGGCGGCCGCACAUCAAUCAUGUAUCAGCUACCAUUCACCACGCGCUCAAGUUUUGGAAUAUUUAAAUACUAUAGCAUCAGCAGGGAUUGAAGAAUACUGCUUUAAGCAAAAACCUACCCCAUUACAGAGGCAUUACAUUGCCUCAAAAUUAUAAUCAUUAUUAUACAUAACCUAAGACAAUAAUAUUAUAGCGGAAUAGUUUCAGAUGAGACUAUUUUGAUAAUAUUACACAAGCAUCAAACGGCGCAUUUCACUUGAGCACAUGUACAAUUCAUAUAUAGCACAUGUACAAUUCAUAUAUUAUACGGUUCUCGUUUCUAGAAGUAUUAUUCAUAGAAUCAAAA